AUGCUCACUCUCAAGCAAACACUUCCAAUUCCUCGCAUUCUCUAUUCAACAUCAAGAAGCUCACAAGACAAACCAACCCUAAUCACACGCCGUCGGAUCAAUAACUCGCUCUCAUCUUCGUCUUCGGUGACCGUCCCCUCACCGUCGCUUUCUCAGUCUAACGGGCCCACUCUCUCUCUAGAAACCGAAACCGCACAGCCGAAGAACGCAUGUCCUCCGAACUUGUGCCCACUCACUCCCAUAGACUUCCUCGAGAGGGCCGCCCUCGUCUAUGGGGACUGCCCGUCCAUCGUGUACCACGACACCAUCCGAACGUGGUCCGAGACCCAGGCCCGCUGCCACCGGCUGGCCUCGUCAAUUUCCUCCCUCGGCAUAGAGAGGGGCAAUGUGGUCUCCGUCCUUGCCCCGAAUGUGCCCGCCAUGUGCGAGCUCCACUUCGCGGUCCCCAUGGCUGGGGCCAUCCUCAACACGGUCAACCUCCGCCUUGACUCUCGGUCCAUCUCCAACAUUUUACUCCACGCCGAGUCGAAGCUCGUGUUCGUCGACUCCCAGUCAGCCUCCCUUGCCCGAGAGGCCGUCUCCAUGCUCCCUCUGGGCCCAGCCCGGCCUGUAUUGAUCCUCAUACGCGACAAGCACUACGAAAACACCAUGCCCGAAGGAGCGCCGCCUCCGCCGGCGGUCCUCGCGCGGAUUGAGUCGUUGGGCUUCGCCGUCAGCCAUGGGUACGGGCUGACGGAGACGGGCGGGCUGGUGGUGACGUGCGCGUGGAAGCCCGAGUGGGACGGGCUUCCGGGGGAAGAACGGGCUCGAAUGAAGUCGAGGCAGGGUGUCCCGUUGGCAGCGUUUUCCGGGUACGACGUGGUGGAUCCGGAGACGGGGCGAAGCAUGCCGAGGGACGGGAGCACGGUGGGGGAGAUUGUGUUGAAGGGAGGGAGCGUGAUGCUCGGGUACCUCAAGGAUCCGAAGGGGACAAGCGGGUGCAUGAAGGGCGGGUGGUUGUAUACAGGGGACGUGGGGGUGGUGCACGAGGACGGGUAUCUGGAGGUGAAGGACCGGUCGAAGGACGUGAUCAUAUGUGGUGGGGAGAACAUGAGCAGCGUGGAGGUUGAGGCAGUGUUGUACGGACACCCGGCGGUGAACGAGGCGGCGGUGGUGGCGCGGCCGAGCGCGUAUUGGGGGGAGACGCCGUGCGCGUUCGUCAGCCUGAAAGGGGAGGAGGAGAGGCCGACCGAGAAGGAUAUAAGAGACUACUGCAAGGAGAGGCUGCCGCUGUAUAUGGUGCCGAGGAAAGUGGUGUUCAAGGACGAGCUCCCAAAGACUUCUACAGGGAAACUGCAGAAGUUUUUGCUUAGGGAGAUGGCCAAGAAUUUCAAGGAUUGA